GCUGCUACAUCACGCGUGGACCUCGAAACAUGGCACCGCCGCCUCGGACACAUCUCAGUUGACUCUGUUCUGAAGAUGGUGAAGAGUGGCAUGGCCAAGGGCAUGGCUAUUGUCGGGGAUAAGGCGCCAAACUCUCCAUGUAGAUCAUGUCUCCGUGGAAAGCAGACGCGCAACCCGAUACCG